CUCUGAGUGCUGAGUGCAGGAAAAUGGCAGAGGCCAGUAUUUCAGUAGAUCAGGACCAGUUCAGCUGUCCAGUCUGUCUGGAUCUGCUGAAGGAUCCAGUGGCUUUUCCCUGUGGACACAGUUUCUGUAUGGUGUGUAUUAAUGGCUGCUGGGAUCAGGGUGAUCAGAGGGGGGUCUACAGCUGCCCCCAGUGCAGAGAGACCUUCACUCCAAGGCCUGUUCUACGCAGAAACAACAUGCUGGCUGAAGUGGUGGAGAUACUGAAGAAGACAGAACUCCAAGCUGCUUCUCCUGCUCACUGUUACGCUGGACCUGGAGAUGUGGAGUGUGAUUUCUGUACUGGGAGAAAACGCAAAGCCAUCAAGUCCUGUUUGGUGUGUCUGGCUUCUUAUUGUGAAGCUCAUCUUAAACCUCACUAUCAGUCUCCUGCCUUUAAGAAGCACAAGCUGGUCGAAGCCUCCAAACAGCUACAAGAGAAGAUCUGCCCUCAACAUGAUAAACUGAUCGAGAUCUACUGUCGUACUGACCACAGCUGCAUCUGUUAUUUGUGUAUGAUGGAUGAACACAUGGGACACAGUGCAGUUGCAGCUGUAGCAGAAAGAAAAGAAAAACAGAAUCAGCUGAAGGAGAUGCAGAGGAAAUUCCAGGAGAAAGAGAAGAAGCUGCAGGAGGUGAAACAGGCUGUGGAGACUCUUAAGAGCUCUGCACAGGCAGCAGUGGAGGACAGUGAGAGGAUCUUUACUGAGCUGAUCCGCUCCAUUGAGAAAACGCGCUCUGAGGUAACAGAGCUGAUCAGAGCUCAGGAGGAGGCUGAACUGAGUGGAGCUGAAGAACUCCUGGAGCAACUGGAGCAGGAGAUUGCUGAUCUAAAGAGGAGAGACACUGAGCUGGAGCAGCUUUCACACACAGAGGAUCACAUACAUUUCCUGCAGAGUUUCCAGUCUCUCUGUGUCUCUUCUGGAUCUGAGGAUUCACCCAGCAUCACUGUCCAUCCACAUCUCUCAUUUGAUGGAAUGAGGAAAUCUCUCUCUGAUCUGAAAGAGAGACUAGAGGAAUUCUGCAAGCAGGAAUUCAGUAGAAUCUCUACACAUGUUGCAGCAGUUCAGAUGAUUUUACCCUCAGAGCCAAAAACCAGAGAAGAUUUUCUACAGUAUUUCUGUCAUCUGACUCUGGAUCCCAACACAGCACAGAGUAGCCUCAGUCUGUCUGAGGAGAACAGAGUGGUUACAUGCGGGAUAAACCAGUGUUACUCUGAUCAUCCAGAGAGAUUUGACUACUGGUAUCAGGUGUUGAGUAAGGAGAGUGUGAGUGGACGCUGUUACUGGGAGGUUGAGUGGAGCAGUAGUAGAAGAUGUGUGCUGUACAUAUCAGUCUCAUAUAAAGGGAUCAGCAGGAAAGGACAGAGUAAUGAGUGUAAGUUUGGACACAACAGUCAGUCCUGGAGUCUGCAGUGUUCUCCCUCUCUCUCUUUCUAUCACAACAACAUUCAGACUAAGAUCUCAGCCUCAUCACCCUCCAGAAUAGGAGUGUAUGUGGAUCACAGUGCAGGAACUCUGUCCUUCUACAGCGUCUCUGACACAAUGACCCUCCUACAAACAGUCCACACCACAUUCACUCAGCCUCUCUACGCUGGAUUCUGGGUGAAUUGGGGAACUGUGAGGUUGUGUGAUCCAAAAUACUCCACCAAACACAGAACCAGGAAGCCACUCCUACUCAGUUCAGAGGAAACGAAACUGAUCUCAGAGAGCUGCUCUCUCUCAGGCUGUGAGUGCAGGAAAAUGGCAGAGGCCAGUAUUUCAGUAGAUCAGGACCAGUUCAGCUGUCCAGUCUGUCUGGAUCUGCUGAAGGAUCCAGUGGCUAUUCCUUGUGGACACAGUUUCUGUAUGGUGUGUAUUAAUGGCUGCUGGGAUCAGGAUGAUCAGAGGGGGGUCUACAGCUGCCCCCAGUGCAGAGAGACCUUCACUCCAAGGCCUGUUCUACGCAGAAACAACAUGCUGGCUGAAGUGGUGGAGAAACUGAAGAAGACAGAACUCCAAGCUGCUUCUCCUGCUCUCUGUUACGCUGGACCUGGAGAUGUGGAGUGUGAUUUCUGCACUGGGAGAAAACGCAAAGCCAUCAAGUCCUGUUUGGCGUGUGUAGCGUCUCUUUGUGAAGCUCAUCUUAAACCUCAUCUGGAAAUUCCAGCCUUGAUCAAACACAAGCUGGUUACAGCCUCUUCAAAACUACAAAAGAAGAUCUGCUCUCAGCAUGAUGAGGUGAUCAAGGUCUACUGCCGUACUGACCACAGCUGCAUCUGCUAUUUAUGUACGAUGGAAGAACAUAAAGGCCACGAUACAGUCUCAGCUACAACAGAAAGAACCAAGAAACAGGAUGAAGUGAAAGACCUGCAGAGGAAAUUCCAGCAGAGACUCCAGGAGAAAGAGAAGACGCUGCAGGAGGUCAAACAGGCUGUGAAGACUCUUAAGAGCUCUGCACAGGCAGCAGUGGAGGACAGUGAGAGGAUCUUUACUGAGCUGAUCCGCUCCAUUGAGAAAAAGCGCUCUGAGGUAACAGAGCUGAUCAGAGCUCAGGAGGAGGCUGAACUGAGUGGAGCUGAAGAACUCCUGGAGCAACUGGAGCAGGAGAUUGCUGAUCUAAAGAGGAGAAACACUGAGCUGGAGCAGCUUUCACACACAGAGGAUCACAUCCAUUUCCUACAGAGUUUCCAGUCUCUCUGUGUCUCUUCUGGAUCUGAGGACUCACCCAGCAUCACUGUCCAUCAACAUCUCUCAUUUGAUGGAGUGAGGAAAUCUCUCUCUGAUCUGAAAGAGAGACUAGAGGAAUUCUGCAAGCAGGAAUUCAGUAAAAUCUCUCCACAUGUUGCAGCAGUUCAGAUGAUUUUACCAUCAGAGCCAAAAACCAGAGCAGAUUUUCUACAGUAUUUCUGUGGUCUGACUCUGGAUCCCUACACAGUGAAUCAUUACCUCAGUCUGUCUGAGAAGAACAGAGUGGUGACGUAUGGAGGGAAAAACCAGUGUUACUCUAAUUAUAUAGAGAGAUUUGACUACUGGUAUCAGGUGUUGAGUAAAGAGAGUGUGAGUGGACGCUGUUACUGGGAGGUUGAGUGGAGCAAUAUUUGGGGAGAUGAGGUGUCCAUAUCAGUCUCAUAUAAAGGGAUCAGCAGGAAAGGAUGGGGUAAUGAGUGUAAGUUUGGACACAACAGUCAGUCCUGGAGUCUGCAGUGUUCUCCCUCUCUCUCUUUCUAUCACAACAACAUUCAGACUAAGAUCUCAGCCUCAUCCUCCUCCAGAAUAGGAGUGUAUGUGGAUCACAGUGCAGGAACUCUGUCCUUCUACAGCGUCACAGACACAAUGACCCUCCUACACACAGUCCACACCUCAUUCACUCAGCCUCUCUAUGCUGGAUUCAGGGUGACCUCAGGAACUGUGAAGUUGUGUGAUCCAUAUUUCUGUCAUCUGACUCUGGAUCCCAAUACAAUGAAGUAUUACCUCAGUCUGUCUGAGGAGAACAGAGUGGUGACGUGCAGGAAUAAAGUCCAGCGUUACUCUGAUCAUCCAGAGAGAUUUGACUGCUGGUGUCAGGUGUUGAGUAAGGAGAGUGUGAGUGGACGCUGUUACUGGGAGGUUGAGUGGAGCAGUAGUGGGGGUUGGGUGGACUUAUCAGUCUCAUAUAAAGGGAUCAUCAGGAAAGGAGGCAGUAAUGAAUGUAAGUUUGGACACAACAGUCAGUCCUGGAGUCUGCAGUGUUCUCCCUCUGUCUCUUUCUAUCACAACAACAUUCAGACUGAGAUCUCAGCCUCAUCAUCCUCCAGAAUAGGAGUGUAUGUGGAUCACAGUGCAGGAACUCUGUCCUUCUACAGCGUCUCUGACACAAUGGUCUGCUCAAAUGAAAGUAGUGGUAUUAAAGAAUUUACUCAAAGGAGAAAAACCAGGAGGUCACUCCUACUCAGUUCAGAGAAAACGAAACUGAUCUCAGAGAGCUGCUCUCUCUCAGUCUGUGAGUGCAGGAAAAUGGCAGAGGCCAGUAUUUUAAUAGUUCAGGACCAGUUCAGCUGUCCAAUCUGUCUGGAUCUGCUGAAGGAUCCAGUGACGACUCCCUGUGGACACAGUUACUGUAUGGUGUGUAUUAAUGGCUGCUGGAAUGAAGAUGAUCAGUGGGGGGUCUACAGCUGCCCCCAGUGCAGAGAGACUUUCACUCCAAGGCCUGUUCUACGCAGAAACAACAUGCUGGCUGAAGUGGUGGAGGAAGCAAAGAAAGAACUCCAAACUGCUUCUCACUGUUACGCUGGACCUGGAGAUGUGGAGUGUGAUUUCUGCACUGGGAGAAAACGCAAAGCCAUCAAGUCCUGUUUGGUGUGUCUGGCUUCUUAUUGUGAAACUCAUCUCAAACCUCACUAUCAGUCUCCUGCCUUUAAGAAGCACAAACUGGUCGAAGCCUCCAAACAGCUACAAGAGAAGAUCUGCCCUCAACAUGAUGAAGUGAUGAAGAUCUACUGUCGUACUGACCAAACAUGCAUCUGCUAUUUGUGUACAAUGCACGAACACAAAGACCACGAUACAGUUGCAGCUGUAGCAGAACGAUCUGAGAAACAGAAUCAGCUGAAGGAGAUGCAGAGGAAAUCUCAGCAGAGACUCCAGGAGAAAGAGAUAAAGCUGCAGGAGGUGAAACAGGCUGUGAAGACUCUUAAGAGCUCUGCACAGGCAGCAGUGGAGGACAGUGAGAGGAUCUUUACUGAGCUGAUCCGCUCCAUUGAGAAAAAGCGCUCUGAGGCAACAGAGCUGAUCAGAGCUCAGGAGGAGGCUGAACUGAGUGGAGCUGAGGAACUCCUGGAGCAACUGGAGCAGGAGAUUGCUGAUCUAAAGAGGAGAGACACUGAGCUGGAGCAGCUUUCACACACAGAGGAUCACAUCCAUUUCCUACAGAGUUUCCAGUCUCUGAGUGUCUCUUCUGGAUCUGAGGACUCACCCAGCAUCACUGUCCAUCAACAUCUCUCAUUUGAUGGAGUGAGGAAAUCUCUCUCUGAUCUGAAAGAGAGACUAGAGGAAUUCUGUAAGCAGGAAUUCAGUAGAAUCUCUACACAUGAGCCAAAAACCAGAGAAGAUUUUCUACAGUAUUUCUGUCGUCUGACUCUGGAUCCCAACACAGUAAAUAAUUACCUCAGUCUGUCUGAGGAGAACAGAGUGGUGACAUGCAGUGGGAUAGACCAGUGUUACUCUGAUCAUCCAGAGAGGUUUGACAUCUGGUGUCAGGUGUUGAGUAAGGAGAGUGUGAGUGGACGCUGUUACUGGGAGGUUGAGUGGAGCAGGAUUUGGGGGCUGUAUAUAUCAGUCUCAUAUAAAGGGAUCAGCAGGACAGGAUGGGAUGAUGAGAUCUGGUUUGGACACAACAGUCAGUCCUGGAGUCUGCAGUGUUCUCCCUCUCUCUCUUUCUAUCACAACAACAUUCAGACUGAGAUCUCAGCCUCAUCCUCCUCCAGAAUAGGAGUGUAUGUGGAUCACAGUGCAGGAACUCUGUCCUUCUACAGCGUCUCUGACACAAUGACCCUCCUACACACAGUCCACACCACAUUCACUCAGCCUCUCUAUGCUGGAUUCUGGGUUGAUGGGAAUGCAACUGUGAAGUUAUGUGAUCCAAAAUAAUGGUGCACUGUGGUUAGUAACAGGUGGAUUAAAAUAAUUUACUUAUUAUUACGUACUUGAAUCACUGUAUUUAUUUAGUUUGUUUAAUUGUAGAAAGAGCUUUUUAGAUAAUGUUAAACUGAAACGGUUUUCCGUUGUUCAGUCUUGUCUUUCUUUCACUCACUUAUAAACAUAGUCAAUAUAGCUGUCUUGUUUAACCCUUCAUGUAUGAAGGGAAUCUCUCCAUCUCUAUCUCUCUCUCUCUUUCUCCCUCUUUCUCUCUCUCUCUUUCUCUCUCUCUUUCUCUCUCUGGUAAUAUUAACCUAGUAUGCUCAAAUACUAUUCAUCUUAUUUACAGUAUCUUCCCAACAUAGUACGAAUGACAUUCUUCCAACGCGGAAGCGGUUUAGUUUAAAAAGCAUAUUACCACAAUCAGAAAGGCAAAAUGUGUGAAAAUGGGCAUGCAACCUAUUUUGGACCAGGAAAAUGUAUAAGCACAGUGCAGGUGGGGAGAAGGUUUCUCCUACUUUCUCAGCUUGUUUUUUGCUUUACUGCUUUCUUUCACUAUUCCCUGUCUAUAUGGGGGUUUUAAGGGUGGGCUCCUUAAAUGUUAACGGGUUCAGGGACAGAUGUAAACGGGCCCUCUUUUCUGAACUCUUUGGUCUAAAAAAGUUAAAUGAUGAUAAUACAGCAUCUGAAUGGGGUUUAUGGUGGAAGGGGGAGUUUUUCCUGAGUCACGGUUCAAAUGUUAGUGCCGUUGUUGUUAUCUUUUUCUCUCGAUCAUCUAUAGAGACUGUAGUGUCUGUUAACGAGGUUGUAGCGGGAUGCUUACUUAUGUUAAAAGCAAAGUUCUACGGUCAUGUCUUUGUUUUUUAUAAAUGUGUAUGCCCCAAACAGAGGGCCAGAUCAGGGGUUUGAGAGCCUUAUGCAAUGGUGAGAAGUGGGGAAGGCUCAGAUUAGGGUAUUCUGUCAAGAUUUUACAUCUUAUUCUACUUCCAAACUGAGAAAUGCAGUUGGUGUUCUGGAACGAGACAUUACAAGGAUACACAACGCAAUGAUAAAUCAAAAGGUUUCUGAUUUGUGGACAGAGCUUACAGUGAAGUUACAGGAGCUGAGUGACGUUUUGUAUGAGAAGGCAAAGGGAGCUUUGGUUAGGUCCAGGUUCCUGUCUGUGAAGAAUAUGGAUGCUCCCACUACUUUCUUUUUUCUGCCACCAAACAUAAGACAUUGUUGUCAGUUCGUAAAGAUGAUGGUACAGUCACAACAGACCCAGUUGAGGUGAGGAGGCUGGCUGUAGGGUUUUACUCUGAACUGCUUGCGGCCAGUACUCUGGAUCAGCAAUAUUCUCAGGUCCUGCUUGAAGAUCUGCCUCAGCUAGAUGAACAACACAAACAGGAAAUGGACAGUCCGUUCACUUUUGAUGAAGUCACCAAAGCUGUAUCUCAGCUCACUUCCAGGCGAGCACCUGGUAUAGAUGGUAUAGAUCGAUUUAUGAUAAUUUGUUUUUAAUCAGAGAUUUAUUUGAUUAUGGUAAAAUGUCUGAAUUGAAGUUUUUGGUUUGGAUCCCUUGAACAAGAAAAAGCUUUUGAUCAUGUAGAUCUUAACUAUCUGUUCGAUACUCUGAAAGCUUUGGGGUUUGGGAAUGUUUUUAUGUCUUGGGUCAGGUUGUUGUACACAGGUGCCUCUUGUCUAAUUAAGGUGAGAGGGGGUUUGAGUGUGCAGAACGGGACAGGGACUAAUGGGCAUUUGUUCCAGAGUGGCUGUUCUACGUUUGCAGGAGGUGCAGCGGUUGCUGUAUCAUGGCCAUCACAGCUGUAUGGAUGUUGUCUGCACUCUCCUGAGGGCUGCUGGUAGAUGGACAGACACCUGUUCGCUCUUUCUUUGAGAGCAGUGGAUCUAGGUGGACUGACUCCUUUUUGUUCAGCUGCUGUGGAGGCAUGACAGCUUCUCUCGUUUUGUAGGGAAAGCGGUGCUGCACCGUCUGUGUGGAUUUUUGAAGAGCCACUGUUUUUUAACCCGGCGUUUCCAUCGCUGAGCCAGGUUUCAGGAGUUCUGAGAGUGGGCCUACUGGAAAAUGGCAUCUUCAAAGUCCACCACUUACGAAGAGGUGUGGACUGGGUGUCAGCGGAACAGCUGGUAGAGAUAGGUGGCUUCAGGCCAGUGCGACUGGCGCUACGGAUGCUGAUUUGUCUGAAGUCUGACCUGUCUUCUUCUGUGUGUGAUUACCUGGACAUGACCCCUGUAGACCAGUGCCAGAGUGAAGACUGUUUUUCCUGAACUGGUGGCAGAUUUGAGCAAUCCAGAGAUGCAAAACUGGCAGGAGGGUCAAAGGAUGCUCUUGUCUAUGGGAACCCUGACUCUUGGUCUCUUUAGUAUUCUCACUAAGAGGACUUUGUACCUUGCAUGUAUCAAAGCACUGAACUUUCACAGCUUGAGAAACAUACAAGAGUCUAAAUGGACAGAGGUUGUUCAGGCAGCCUCUUCCCCGAAAGGUAGCUGGCGGUCCCUGUACAAAAGACCCAUCGAGAAGAGGGUGGGAGACCUCCAGUGGAGGAUUGUACAUGGGAUUUUAGCCACGAACAGACAUGCGGCGCAGAUUGAUCCGUUAGUGGGAGAUGGUUGUCCUUCUGUGGGAUGUCAGACAUUUUUUCUUCAGUGUGACCGCUUGGGUCCAAUAAUGGGUUUAAUUAAGGACUGGGGCUUGAAGUGUUUAGGCUCUUUUGAUCAGAGUUUAUUUAUUUAUGGUCCAACGUACACAGUUUCAAAAAGUAACGAGGUGGUACUUUUAAAUUUUCUGUACGGUGCUGCUAAAUUAGCUAUCUGGUGUACUAGGAGGAACAGAACAAAGAGCUGUGGGGGUACUGACCCAGUUCUGAUGGUCAGGGGACUGGUCAUGAAACGGUCUCCUCAUUGAAUUUACCUAUUACACCCUUUGCUUUGUGGACCCGAUGAACUUUUGGGUUUGUGUUAAAUGUUUGAAUUGACCUCUAAGUAACUUGGCUCAGCUGUUUUUUGUUUUAUUUGCCUUUUGUUUCUUUGUUUUUGAUUUUAUUCUGAGCUGGUUGUGACCGCUCUUAUUAUGUGGACAAUGGUUGAUUAAAGGGGUUUAAAAGUCAAAGUCUCUCUCUCUCUCUCUUUCUUUCUCUCUCUUUCUCUUUUCUCUUUCUCUCUCUCUCUCUUUCUUUCUCUCUCUCUCUUUCUCUCUCUUUCUUUCUCUCUCUCUCUCUCUCUCUCUCUCAGGUAAUAUUAACGUAGUAUGCUCAAAUACUAUUAAUCUUAUUUACAGUAUCUUCUGUGUAGCCUCAUCAUAUUAUGACUUUUACUCUGGGAUGCUUUGGGGUGAGAGUCUUUUUGCUUUUUAAGCAUGUUUGUUUAUGUGAGGGAGUUGGUAUAAAUCUGUGGUUUUUGUAUGUUUUGUUUCUUUUGCACAUUUGGAGGCCAGGAUGGCUGGUUUGACUUUCAUUUAUUAGUAAAUAUAUUUCAUGAUUUUCUUUAAUCAAUUAAAGCACAACUCUUUUUUUAUAAUAACUCUCAAUUUUUUUUAACACUGGUAAAUGUAGAAUUUUGGAACAAUGGUUUAACGAGCGGAGAAAUUAAUUUUCCAGAAAUUGGAUGUAGAGAAAGACUGAGAUACAAUUUAAAUAAUCUACACUAGAUAAUCUACAUAUUUUUUGUUGUAAAAGAUUGAUUUUGCUAA